UUGGAGCAACUGCGACGCUCUUUCACUGAUUUGCUCUACCAUCGCAGGGGGGCGCAGUACCGUUUAUGAGUUAGCAUUUAAAAUAUUGUCAUCUGAUUGGUUGAAGCAUUUAAACUAAAAACGAUUCAAAUAAUCAUUCAAAUUGAUAAACACAAUAGAAUCGGAUAUGGAUAAUUUUUAGUAAUGAAUGAUUGAGCACAUCCAAUAAAUCAUGAUGCGUGAUCGCUACAAGUUGCUGCGAUUUAGGAACGUUGUCAACAAAUUUUGAUGAUAAGAUAGUUCGCGACAUUAACAUCCAACUAUCUGCCAUCUUGUGGGUUACAGAAAUUCCGAAAUUUAUUUACAAAUGGUUGACACUUUAAAACUACCGAGGACCAUUUAACUGAAGCGAUUAAAAAUGUCAUUGAGUACAGAAUAUAUAAUUGCACCAUGGGAAGCCGAGGCUUACGUACAGAGUUUAGAAAUAUCGGAUUUGCAAGAUAUCUGCACAAAAAAAUGGUUCGAAUUCCACAAAAGAUUGAUCUUGCUAAAUCAGCAAAGUGUUCUUGAAAUCAGUGACUUUCGAGAGGAGAGCAUCAAAGAGUGGUUUGUUUGUUUAAAAAAAAUACCAAUUUUAAUAUACGAAGUUAUUCAAAUUGAUAUAUGGAAACACAAAAUAUUUCCCCUUUUAAUCGAUAUAAAUAACGAGCCGGAAAAUACGUUUAUGUUAUUUAGCAUAUUCUAUCACGAAGACGUAGCAGCUUCAUUGUUAGAAAAUGUUUUAUUUCAUUGCGAAAGCGCAAUUACAAUGGACGAUUCUGUUCUCGAUCUUAUCGAUUAUGCGGUUAAAUCUGUGACUGUUCUUCUCAAUAGAAAUGAUAUCGAAAUAUAUGAAAAUUUAAAAGAUCCCAGUUGUUGCUUAGAAGAAAUAUUAGAAAAGAAGAAAGAACUUGAAUUCGAUAUUGGAAUGAGAUGUAUCUCGAUUCUACGAUAUUUGGCUGAAUUUUUAGAUAGCCUACCACUUUGCGCAAUUUCCCGAAUGUUAUCUGUACACGAUAUUCCGUAUUUACUUGUUCAACUAAUCGAAAAUCAUCCCUGGUCAAAGAAUGAUGCCGAAGGAAAUCUUAUGUUAUACGACGGUAAAUGGAACAAAGUUAAAGACAACGAAGAAGGUAAAAUUUCAAAGGUAGAAGCACAAAUAUGGUUUGGUUUGCGAGAAUUACUUCUUAAUCCAAAAUGCGGCCCAUACUACGAAAUUACUGAACACAGACUAACACAUUUAUUAAAGUUACAGAAAUACUUGCACGAAAUCGUAUUAGAUCAAAUUGCACCAUUGAUUGAUCUUAAAAGAUGGUUAAGUUACUUAAGUAUGUCAGCAACUUCAUCAGCAACAUCCCGUCCUGUCUAUGUCGAAGUGAUUCCUCAGAUAAAACCAAUGAUUUUGGAAAAAUAUCAUAAAAAAUGGAAAAAAUUGGCUAAACAUCAAGCAAAGUCUAUAUUUACUAAGGACACUGACUAUAUUAAAAGUUCUGCACAAAUUUUAAGCGAUGCCUAUGACUUGGAUAAAUUGGAUUGUAUAGAUAUUAAAAAAUGUUUUUUGUGUCAAGAACAAGCUAAAAAGCGUUGUUCCAAAUGCAAGGAGGCGUGGUAUUGUGGACGAGAAUGCCAAGUAAAAGAUUGGACCAAUCAUAAAGAUAUUUGUGAGAAAAUAACAAAUAGCAGAAGUGAUAAUCCAAAUUGAGAAUAAAAAAGUCAAAUCUGAUAUAAAUAAAUAAUCGAUACUUAUAAAGGUAUAUAAUAAUUUAUAUCCAUGAUUAUGUAGAAUAUUUUAUUAAAAGGAUUUAAUGUACAGAACUUUGUUUAAGGUAUUCCAUCAAAACAUCUUUAGCUGGUGUGUCUUCUCCAAAGUCCUGCAAAUAUAAAAUUUCUAUAAAUAAAUGAAUAAUUUCUCUUUAACAAAAGUAUAACAAUUAAUUUAAAAGAUAUCAGAAUGGCAUGAUUACAGCAUUGCAAUUUUAUAUUACGGGUUCUACUCAGUAGAGGGAGCCAUAUUUAUCAUCAUAUAACAUGUUCAAAACUCUAUUAAUACAAAAUUAUUUCCAAAUAUAAAAGUUCCAUUAUCAAUUUUUACCUUAAUAACAACACAAGAGCAUCCAACGACUUUACGAGCUUUGCCAGCACUGUCAAUUUUGCAUAGUCCAGCCCAUUCACCCAAUUUUUUAUUAUUAUCUACUUUAAUAAGUGGAAUUUGAUGUUCAUUGCAAAGUGCUUGAACUAAUUUUUUGUACAUCGGUUCGUCGCAAUUAUCAGCUAAAAUGCACAGCAUCGCUUGCCUCCUAAAGAAUAGAAGAAAAAAAAAAAAAAACUUGAAAACAUUUUACACGAGUAUUCUUUAUCUGAAAAAAAAACUUUGUUAUUGUCGUGUCAGAAAUUUAAAGCAUAAAAACAGCAUGUAUAU